AUGCAUAUUUUGUGCGUGGCAUCACGCACCAGAGCGAUCAGGCCGUUGGCCUUUGCUAGCUUAGUUGGUAACCAAGCACUCGUCUUCUUUACAGAUGAUGACUUUGAUCAGUUUGAUAAGCCUGGUGCGGAAAGGUCUUGGAGAAGAAGAGCUGGAGAUGACGACUGGGACAGCGAACUUGAUGACGACUUGCUCGGGGAGGAUUUGCUGACCGGCAAAAAGAAUCAGUCAGACUUAUCUGAUGAAGAACUGAAUGAUGAUCUUCUGCAAAGUGACAAUGAAGAGGAACCAGAUUUUGGUUCUCAAGGUGUCACCAUUAGCCUCAACACCACCUCUGGCCUGCUCUCGUCGUACGAGCUCUCUGAGACCAUGAACGAUCAAUCCAUCGAACACGAGUCUGAAUAUGACCAAGGGGAAGGGGAACUAGUUUAUGGCAAGUCAGAAGCACCUGAAGUUUAUGCUUCGGAGUAUGCAGAGGAGGGACACUAUGAAGGCAACGAUCCUGAACUGUCAGAAGACCAAAUAGAAUAUGGGGAAGAGCCUGGAGAAGAAGAUGAAGUGCUAGACCUUGAAAUCAAUGAACCUCUAGAUGAAUUUCCAGAUGAAGAUUACAUGCAGUCGUAUAAUGAGCAAGCAAUGGAAGAGCCAGAAGAUUAUCCAGCUGAUGAGGAACUAGAAGAUACCCAGGCAAUGACAAAUGAAUCAGAAGAGGCAGCUAUUGAAUCUCUAGAACUUCAGGAAAAAAACAAAGAAGAAUCCGAUGAAGAGGAAGAUGACGAUGAAGAGUCUGGACGACUGCGUUUCAAAACUGAGCGGAAAGAAGGAACGAUAAUUAGGCUAUCGGACGUGACAAGAGAAAGGAGAAACAUUCCAGAAACUUUGGAGCUCUCCGCGGAGGCCAAAGCGGCGCUCCUCGAGUUUGAAGAGAGGGAGAGGCAGCUCAAGCAGGGCCGCUACGGCUCGAGGAGAGGAGGGCGCCGCGGAGGCUCCGUCAUGUGCCACGGCCUGGGCGACCAGCGGCGAGACAACAGCGACCGCGGCCGCAUGAAGGAGCACCGGCCCGCGCUGCUGCCCAGCCAGCCGGCCCCAAUGCAUCAGCAUCAUUCUUCCCCUCCUCCAGGGCUACACAUGCCCCCUCAGAUAGAAACCCCUAGAAUAAUGAUGACUCCACCGCCCGUGACACCUCAGCAACCGAAGAACAUACACAUAAACCCACAUUUCAAGGGGACGGUAGUGACGCCCGUGCAAGUGCCCUUGCUGCCAGUUCCAGCCCAGCCAAGACCUGCCGUGGGACCCCAGAGAUUUCCCCAGCAGCACCAUCCCCAGCAGCAGCAGCAGCACCACCACCACCUGCAGGGCCCCCCGCAGCCCUUGAUGCCCAUGAACCAGCCCCAGUUCCGGCCCCACAUGCCAGCCCAGCAGCAGCCCAACAACAACCGCAUGCAGUGCCAGCAGCGACAGGGGCCCAUGAAGCCCAGGCACAACACACCCUCCCAGAAUAUUGUCAAGCGUUCAAAUCAGCAGCUCCAAACAACUGCUCCAAGGAACAGCAACCUGCGUGAGUUGCCCAUAGCACCGUCGCACGCCAUGGAAGUGAGCAACAACAGGCGAACUUCUACUCCCGCUGCUCAGGUCAAGCCCAUCGCCAGCACCAUGUCCUCCAGCAAGGCUGUAGCUGGCGUUGGAAACUCGCAGGGAAGGCCUGAGAUGAAGGCUAAAGCAAUCACACCAGUGGGCCAAGCGAAGUCAGAAGUAAAAUCUGAACCAGAGUACCCGGACGAGGAUGAGGAGACGCGGUUGUACCGCCUGAAGAUCGAGGAGCAGAAGCGUCUGAGGGAGGAGAUCCUGAAGCAGAAGGAGCUGCGGCGGCAGCAGCAGGCGGGCCGGGAAAUGCUCGAGCGCCUCGCGCAGCAGCAGCAGCAGCCGCCGGCGCAGCCGCCCUACGGGCAGCAGGAGGAGGAGGCCUGCGACUUCCCUGCCAACGGCAGCCCCUACGUUCCCCACUCGGGCCUACAGGCCAGGCCCAACGUCAAAAACAGACUGCUGGUUAAAAAGCAGGAUAUGGUAGUUCCGCACAGCUUCCAGCAACCCAAGCCCCCCGAUUUCCCCCAGGUUGGCGCAAAUAUGCACUACCAAGGACACCACAUGAAGCCGGUGAAGCAGCUGAGGCAGACGAGGACGAUACCUCCGAGUCAGCCUCAGGCAUCACCCAAGGUCCUGCAGCCCAAGCCCGCGGCCGCCGCGCUGCCCACGGCGCAGGCCCCAAGAGUGGCCCCGGUCCCGGCCCGGCCCCAGGAGCUGAAACCCGGCGUGAAAAGGACUGUGAUGCAGCGCGCGAACAGCGCGGCCGGAGACGGGCCCCACGUCGGCAGCAAGGUCAGGGUGAUUAAGUUGUCAGGAGGGGUCAUUAUGCAUGGCAGAGGCAGAGGAGUAGCAGGCCAGAUGGGCCGAGGACGCUUGAUGCCAAAUAAACAGAACCUGCGAGUGGUGGAGUGCAAACCUCAGCCCUGCAUCGUGUCAGUUGAAGGGCUUUCUUCAUCAACUACUGAUGUCCAACUGAAAAACCUGCUGAUGUCAGUGGGACCCAUUCAG